GCUCUUAUCUGCAAAAAAAAACCCAACAAGGCAGUCUUGUCAGGAAGUGCCAAAACUAAAUAAAGGUAUUGGUGGAUUCUCAUACAAACAAGAUCAUUAUUAGUUUAAUAGAAUAUCACAUAUGUGGAUUCUUAAACAUGGUGCAAAAAUUAUAGUCUAAAGUAAGUUAAUGAUUGUCAUUAAUGUAAUAUUAUGCUCAUGUUUUGCUAGUUGUUAAUUUCCGUUUUUUCUCCCAUACCCCACACGUGAUAUCAACGUUCCCCAAUCUCCAUGAAUUACUGAAAUUCUGUUAUGUUAAACUAAUUAAGUAUACUUUUGUCCUUUUUGUUGACUGUUUCAAAAUUUUCAAUUUGCUUCCUUUGUAUUGAUGCUUGUAAAUCUGUUGUUAAUCUAAGGAACAUCUCCUUUAUACUGUGCAUAGAUUUCACACCAAGGCAGUACAGGCAGAGUGAGCCUUUAGCACACCCCCAGGAAUUCUUAAUCUAGUACUCAGACACUAGGUUGCAUGUAAGCAACUCUAAGUGUGUUGUAACCAUGUUGAGAAUCAUUUAUUUAUUGAGGAGAUACUGGGAAGCAAAAAAGCAUCCUACUGUUUUUGUUAAGCACUGCUCCCUGCUGGUGUAAAACCAAUCCACAACCUUUCUUUCUCUUUUCUUCCAAGCAGCUGAAAUGGGUUUUAAUUUCUAUGUCAAUUUUUAAGAAAGAUCAUAAGGCAUAAUUUUCUUUUUUUGUCUUGUAUGGCUGUGGCUUGAAUAGCACCUGGAAGAGCAGAGGUGUUUUGUCUGUGGUCCUUAAUUGAAAGCUGUGAGGCAACCUCCUGCUCCUCCAUCUGGCUCUGCUCCUGCCUCUGUCAGUAGCUGCAAUUCUGUGGUGAGAGGAGGGCUGCAGUUCUUUGGCUACUGUAUCCCAUAACUGCUGGUCACAAUGGAAAGUAUCCAUGCAGGCACACCCUUCCCUCAAACUGCAAGAAGUAAAGAUCUUGCUGUGGUAUAUCCAGUGACAAAAUAGCGGAUUGAUUUCAUUUAUUUUUGUUUUCACUGUAUCUCUUUAUAGCGAUUUUUCUUUUUAAGUUAUUGUAGUGUGUGGAUUCAAAUUUGAGAGAUGAAAGUGUACUUAAGUGAAAAUAAGAGAAAGUAAAUGUUGAAUUUGUUCAGGCACCUAAGUUAUACCGUACAAUUUUGAAAUAUCACCUUUGGUUUGUGUGAUUUUUAUAAUUGUUCCCUGGAUAACCUUUUCUAAUUGUGGAGGCUAUACUUUGGAAAAUACAGCUGUGUUUGUCUUUUAAAGUAGUUUAAUUAAAAAACAAACAAAAAGCCAAAAAAGUUAUAUGAUGGCCGCUAGGGUCCCAAACCCUAGUGACCAUCAUAUACUACUCUUAGGAUUAGUUUAUUUUAUAUCUUGCUCAGGUGCAACUUUCUUGGUACAGUUAACCUGAUGUAAUGAGAUGCCAACUGUUUUGACUGCUAAUUACUUAAUAACUGUUGAUGACAUUGUAGGGAGUCAAAAGGACCAGUUCAUAAUAAUAUACAAAUAUGUUGUAAAUCACAGCCCUGACCCUAGAGUGGUGACCUUAAGUCUGUCUGCAAUGAAUUGGAUAAUUGUCAUUUUCACAUUUUUCCACAGUGUGGUAAAUGACCCUACUUUUUUUUUUAAGUCAUCAUUUUAUUCUUCUGGUUUAGAAAAUGAGAGGCUGUGCUGUACCUUGCCCAUUGUUUCAGAGAAGACUGUACUGCUAUGUCUGAAACCUAAAUUAGACAUGUUGACAUUUAGAUUUUCUUGAGAUACGUUUUGUGCUUCUGAUGGCAAAAUACCUGUAGAAUAUUUUCAAUUUCUAUUAAAUAUGUAAGAUUUUGCAUGUUUUGCAUGUAGAUAAGACAAACAGCAAAGCCAUUCACUGAAGCAAAAUUCUGAGUUGAGUUUUUGUUCUGUCUUAAUAUCUAAGCUGCAGACAUGGGACUUCCCUGUGCUAUAUGUCAUCAGUCUGUACUGAUAAUAAAGUUGAGGAAAAAGCAGAAGAUCUCUAAAAAAGCUUUUGGCAACUGGUAGCUGAAAGGAUGUAGCUAGAAUGAAGGAGUAAAUGUUAAAAUCUGUGUUUAAGGUUUUCUUGGCUACUAAGCUAGACUUGAGACUGGUACUCUGGGACUAUGUACUAUUUUUGGGUUGUUGGCUGUCCCCACAUGUGGAUGUGCUGAGUCUCUAUAGUCAUCACAGUUAUUUAUUGCUGUUUACCCUGGGGAAGGUUUUGUGCAGGCAGCACUUGAGGAUACAUUUUUUGGACUGAGACAAAAUCAAAAGGCUGUUCAGAAAGUGAUAGGAGAGGCUCCCUUUCAGGGAGGAGGACUGGGACAGGCUAAGGGAAAAUACAUAAUGUGAAGAGGAGACUGCUUUCACCAGUUUCCUCUUCUCUUUGCCCCCUUUAAGCGUGUUCUUUAUUUCUGUGGAUUCACAGCUCCGUCUGGAGUUUGUGAGACAAAUCACAUGCUUCUAGUCUCAGUGUGCUUAAUUAUUGCUCCUUGCACUUCAUGUUGCUGAGAGGACACAUUUGUUAUGUAUGUACAUUUGGCCUGGCUCAGGAAUUCAGGUUAGUAGAGAAUGCUGAGGUUUUGUCGUCCAUGAAAUGGUACAAGUCUAUAGUAGUGUGUAAUAUGAACCAGACUUGUGAUGGAGCAUUUUCCAUGUAGAAGUAAUUUAGUAGCCUAUUACUGAAGAAGUGGGUGUAUUGUUGCAUGUUAUUCCCUGAAGACAGAGCAGGCGUUACUCUGUUUUAUUUUUGCUUCAGAUCCCUUGAGAGUUUGUAACUCUGUAUCCAGAAUAAAAUCAGGUUCUCUCCAUUUGACAGUUGCUUUGAGAUUAGGUAGCUGUUCUAAAAGCAGGUGAAGGAAUGGGCGAAUUUCUCCACAGUUAAGAGUAUUUGGAUAACCUUGUUUCCUUUUAAGUGUUUGAAAAGUAGUAGAAAAUAAUCACUCCUUUUGAGGUCACACUUUAAAGUUGAAUCAGGUUGUCUACUGAAGUUCGUAUAAGUUUUUGAGGGCCCUCGUAUGGUAUCCUUGUGCAGUGCUUUACAAUGCCCCUCUGAAGUGCCUGUUUUAAGGAGUUCAGCAAAUUCUUGUGAACCAGGAAAAUGACAUACUGAUCACAAUUUUACUCAACUUUGUGAUAUUUUGGUUAAGUGCCAUACUACUGUGAUAAAAUGUCAGUGUGCUAUAGGAUCAUGCCCAAGUGUAUCUCUGAACUCUGCCUUUUCUCCCACUGGCUUGGAAGGUAAUCAUCUUCGUGUAGGUAAUUGUAAACCCAUUUUUGGGUGGUAGGGAAAAGGCUGAGGUUUUGUGUGACAGAGCUGUUAACCAUGUUGAAUUUUGUAUGCCAUGUGCUUGGGAGAGCUGGUGCUGUGUGAGCUCAGCUGUGUGUGCCUGCCAUUCAUCAGUGACGGGCUGCAAGGGCUGCAGUGCUGCUCUGUCGUACCCGGGCGGAUCCUGCAAAUGUUGUGGUGGAGCUGUGGAAACGAGGUCUGGGAGCUCUCAUGGGGUCCUGCAGCAGCCAGAGUGCUCAGAGAGCAGGAAAGGGAAGAAAGGUGCUACAAAAUAUAUUAGAAACAGAAAAUGAAUAUGCUAAGGAGCUACAAACAAUGCUUUCAAACUACCUGCGACCAUUACAAGCCAGUGAAAAGUUAACCUUGACAAAUACUUCUUACUUAAUGGGAAACCUGGAAGAAAUAAGUUCUUUCCAGCAAAUGCUUGUACAGUCUUUAGAAGAAUGCACCAAGUUGCCUGAAGCUCAGCAGAGGGUUGGAGGAUGUUUUCUAAAUUUGAUGCCACAAAUGAAAAGCUUAUACCUUACAUACUGUGCCAACCACCCAUCAGCAGUAAAUGUCCUCACAGAACACAGUGAGGAGCUAGGAGAAUUCAUGGAGAUGAAAGGUGCAAACAGCCCCGGGAUCCUUGUACUGACCACGGGCCUCAGCAAACCUUUUAUGCGUCUGGAUAAAUACCCCACGUUACUCAAAGAACUUGAAAGGCACAUGGAGGAUUAUCAUCCGGAUCGUCCAGAUAUUCAAAAAUCCAUGACUGCCUUCAAAAAUCUUUCUGCACAAUGUCAAGAAGUACGGAAACGGAAAGAACUUGAACUGCAAAUCCUGACAGAAGCUAUUCGUUGUUGGGAGGGAGAGGACAUCAAAACACUUGGCAAUGUGAUUUACAUGUCACAAGUAAUGAUCCAGUGUGCUGGAAGUGAGGAAAAGAAUGAAAGGUAUCUUCUUCUCUUCCCUAACAUUUUGCUAAUGUUGUCUGCCAGCCCAAGAAUGAGUGGCUUUAUCUAUCAGGGAAAACUGCCUAUGACAGGAAUGACUAUUACAAAGCUAGAAGACAGUGAAAACCAUAAAAAUGCAUUUGAAAUAUCAGGAAAUAUGAUUGAAAGGAUAUUAGUAUCUUGUAACAACCAACAAGAUUUGCAUGAAUGGGUGGAUCACCUGCAAAAGCAAACCAAAGUCACAACUGUUGGGAAUCCCACCAUUAAACCUCAUUCUGUGCCAUCUCACACGCUUCCUUCCCACCCAGUGACUCCCUCCAGCAAGCAUUCAGACAGCAAGCCAAUACCACUGACUCCUGCCUACCACACUCUCCCUCAUCCCUCCCAUCAUGGGACUCCACACACCACAAUCAACUGGGGGCCGCUGGAACCUCCCAAAACACCCAAGCCGUGGAGCCUGAGCUGCCUGCGGCCGGCCCCUCCGCUGCGCCCUUCAGCAGCUCUCUGCUACAAAGAGGAUCUAAGUAAAAGCCCUAAAACCAUGAAAAAGCUGCUUCCCAAACGCAAGCCAGAGCGGAAGCCAUCGGAUGAAGAGUUUGCACUGAGAAAAAGUACAGCUGCUUUAGAAGAAGAUGCUCAAAUUCUUAAAGUCAUUGAAGCAUAUUGCACAAGUGCCAAAACACGUCAGACAUUAAAUUCAACAUGGCAAGGCACUGACCUGAUGCAUAAUCACGUCUUGGCUGAUGAUGACCAAUCAAGUCUAGACUCCUUGGGUCGUCGCAGUAGCCUUUCUCGUUUGGAGCCUUCAGACCUCUCAGAAGACUCUGACUAUGACAGUAUAUGGACAGCCCAUAGUUACAGAAUGGGGUCUACAUCUCGUUCCCGUAAAGAAUCAGCUCCUCAAGUCCUGCUUCCAGAAGAAGAAAAAAUUAUUGUAGAAGAAACUAAAAGUAAUGGUCAGACUGUUAUAGAAGAGAAAAGCCUUGUUGACACAGUAUAUGCAUUAAAGGAUGAAGUACAGGAGUUAAGACAGGAUAACAAAAAGAUGAAGAAAUCAUUAGAAGAAGAACAAAGAGCUCGCAAGGACUUGGAGAAGCUUGUUAGAAAAGUUUUAAAGAAUAUGAAUGAUCCAUCUUGGGAUGAAACCAACUUAUAACCACUUUUUCUUUUCCCCUUCUUCUUUCUAUUGAAAGACCAGUUGUAGAACUGAGCUGGGAAGCCUUCUGACAUUAGUCAGUGUUGCAUCAAGAGCACUAUAAAACAGGAUUUAACUGGAUCUAGUGAUUUCUUGCUCUGAACAUACAGAAAGAGUCAAGCCAUUUACUGCAGCAAUCUGUACUUUAAGCAUGGAGACUGUGGAUCCUGAACUCUACUAAACUUAAUUUGUUUGCAUCCAAAUUACCUCAUUUUGCAGAAAGUGCAGCACCUGACUAAAAGUCCAUGUUUUUCAGUGGCUUUUUAAUUAAAUAUAUAUUUUUCAUGUAAAUAGCUGUAAUUUAGAAUGCAUAUGUGAUUGAUGUAUCAGGGCUGAUAUGUUGGGGUUUUUUUCUUGUGUUAUUAUAAUGGUCACAAGUGUUAGAAAUGAUGGCAGUACUGUCUUACCUAAGAAAGGUCAGAGUUCUUUGUGGAUAAUUAUGAAUUAGUUCCAAAUUACCCACUCACCACACAUGCAAAUUUAAACCCCUGUUUUUCCUAUUUACCACUAUAUUUAAAUCCUUUACUGUUACCUGUCACUUUAAACAGUUUACAGUUCCUUAAGAACAGUAUUAAAAUACAGGAAAAUGUUUAUUGACAGUAGAAACAAUUUUUAACAAAUCUAAUGCCCACAAUUUACAUUCACAUACACUUGUUUGGCAGACUAAUCUAUUGUGCUUUGGCCACCAAAAGACGGAUGUACUUGCCUGCUUUUCAUGACUGUGAUUUUUAGGUGUUUAUGUACUACAUUUUCUAUUGUUGUGCUUAAACAUACAGCUGGCUGAUAACAUAUCAUACAGUUUGUUAAAGGAAAAAAUCAAUCUAAUCCAGAAUUAUGUGAAUAAAUUGUUGCUAUUUAUAUUUUAUGAUCACAGCAAUUAAAUUUUAGCUAACAUUUGUGCAAAAGACACAUGGGCUAGGGCAAACUUCAUUCAGAGCUCUGUUUCCAUACCACUAUAUAAUUUUUGAAGUUCCCAUACUGUGGAAGCAGUCAUUAGUUUCCCACCCUUUUUGCUUUGCGUGUUGCUGAUUUCUGUCCUACUGGGAUUUAAAUGGAAAGAAAUGUGGAAGAUUUUUUUUUAAUCGUACUGUAACUCAUAAUUUGCACUGCUGACAGAUUUUAAAAUACAUAAAGGAACAUUAAUUCCCUAGUCUGAUAGGUGCAAUCACUGCAGUUUCUUGUAUUUAAGAUAGGAGAUGAUACAUCACUGCAAACGGUGAGCUUCAGAUGAAGCACUUAAAAUACUAAUCCCGUUAAAGCUCAUUGUUUUCAUGCAUUUCAUCAAACUUUGGAUUUGACUCCAGACAGUGCAGCUUUCUGAGGGGUUUGUGUUCAGUUGAGUCAGAAGUGCAGGUACAGCACAGACUUGAGUCACACCUUUUGUCAUUCUGAUUUUCUACUGCUCUUUUAACUCCUGCUAAAUGUAAUGCUCAGACUUCAGCAAAUGUUUGUACAAACUUUAGUGAGUUGGAGCCAGGAUGAUUUGGGUUGUAAGAAUUGUAAUGCACAUUUUGAAUCUAAUGAAAAUCUACUUUUAAAGCUACCCACUUUUUUCAGUCAAGAACAGCUUUUUUUAAAUAGGAAAUUCUGUCAAUGAUUGCAUACUUGAGAAACAAUUCUGUGGGAAUGGAUGCUUCAUAACCUGAGUAGACAAAUUGUCUCUUUUAGGAAGCUGAAUAUAUUUGUAGGUGUCUUGUGUUCCUGCAAUUCAAAAAUGUUUUCCUUUAAUUCUAAAGGAGGAGAAAAUGAAAAACAUCUACAUUACCAGUUUUAUAUCUUCACAGAACUUUAAAUUUGUAAAUUAUUGUUACCAAAAUCUUCCCUUGAUAUUUGCACAAAAUUGUGGACCGACGUUUUAUUUAUCUUCACAUUUAGAAAAUAUCCUUGCUAAAAACUAAGUGAUACUAAUCCCUGCAAAUGCAUACUAUCAUGGCCAAAUUUAGACAUGGGAAAGCCAAUAUAAUUAGAAUUUUGCUAACAUUUUCACUUUGACAUCCAGAGUAUUUUCAGAGUGAUUUUUAAUUUUCAAUUGAGCAGAUGUGAAAGGACAUUCCAAAGGAAGAAGUAUAAAUGGAAAACAUUAAGCUUAGCAGUAUUUAGCAAAUUUUAACUCAGGAACAGCUUCCAUCAUAACAAUUUGUUUUGCAUUAUAUUGUAAAGAGUGAUGUUGCGAUGUAAAUCUUCUGACUCUUAGUACCUGUGAUAUUAUAAUUUCUGACAGUACCCCUACAUUGACAUCUAAUGAACAUGCCUUAAACACUGGGAUGAAGCAGUUGUUAAAUAUGAUCAGGACUUAGGGACUGAUUUUAUUCAAGGAGGAUUGGGAGGACUAAUUUUUACACAAACACACACACACACAAAAAGAAUAAAGGAGGCAGAAAAGAAAACUGACCUAAUGUUGUAGGUAGCUUUUGUCGCUAGUGCAGAGAGCAGCUUCCGACUUUUGGGAACCAAGAAGUACCUGAACUUGUUUUCAUUGACAAUUUGUUACAGUGUAUAUAGAUUGUAAAUGUCACCAUGGACCUUCUGAAUUGUUGGAAACCUUACAUAAGCAUGGAUAAAUGGGGCACUGUUUAUUUAACCUAUUAAAGGGUUGUUUGUUUGCUCUCAUCAUUUAGGGAUGAGGAGAUGAAGCCAUUUCUUAUCCUAUAGAUGUGAAGCACUUUCAGUUCUGAACUGUCCAAAAUGUAGCAUAACAUUUCUCUGUACUUACUGAUGUAUGUGUGUUUGUCUCACCAUGCCAUGACAUCCUAAAGAUUGAAUAACUGACUGCUUUUGUAUAAACCUUUUUAAUGCAAAUCAUUUAGGGAAUUUAGAGUAUCUGUUUACAGUGUCUGUGAAGAACUCUAGUUUAGAUGUCACAAUAAUAUCCUGGUAUCCACUACUAAAGCUUUUAUGCUACAUUGUAAUUAAACCAUGAAUUUUUUCCC